AUGUCGUCAAGCCAUAAAGAGUUCAUCCAUUUCAGUGAAACAUCGUUUUGGCUUCUCAUUGGCUCGCUUAUGUCUGCUUUUAUGUUUGGGAACGUUUUUAUGGCUUGCACAUUUAGCAUUAGCUGUUUGAAAUUUUUACCUACAUUUUCAUAUCUUGGGUGCUAUAGAGAUCAUGAUAGAUGACUGAAUUUUUCUUUGGCUUUUUAUGGAGGUGUUUUGCCAUUGAUUGUUGUGUCUUUAUCUGUGAAAUUGGCUGAAUAUGUCAAAAAGUGUUCAUUAAUCAUCAUGAUUUUGGCUGGAUUUAUGGGCUGCACAACUUUAAUACUGAUCGGACUUAUUGACGAAGUAAACGGGCUUUAUAUUUUGCCACUUGACCGGAUGCAUCCAUGGCUAACUCUUUUCCUAUAUGGAUGUUUUAAUUUAUUUCUUUAUAUAGCUCUAACUGGGCUUGAAAACGUGCCUCUAGAAUAUUCAGAAAAGGAGUGGCUGGGAAGAUGCAAUAAUCUAUAUAGACUUGCAAAUAUAAUGUUUGCUGUUACUGGGACUGAAUGGUUUCUUGCUUAUUCAAUAUACUCGAAUUUUUUUAUUAACGAAGUAGUGGAAGCAUUAUGUGAAUGAUUCGUAGUCACUUUGGCAGUUUUUUUCCCAUUUGCACUUUCGAACGUAACAAACACACAAAUUACUGUAGAAUGCAAGCCCACAAAACAAAUUGAGUAUGAAUCGAUAAAGUAA